UAGCCGGAUGCAUGUUUUGAGGUAUUGAGUUAGCUUAUUCAGAUUCACUGGUCGUCUCUCAUGUUGACUGAAGACCUGGAUACUCGGGCGAUUAUUCCAUCGCGCAAGCGUCCCCGGUGGGUUUUCCCGCUUAUUGCUUCGGUUCUUUCGGCUGUGGGUGGACUGCUGUUUGGCUAUGAUACUGGUGUGAUCUCUGGUGCAAUGAUACAAAUUCGGCAGCAAUUUUCCCUUUCCUAUUUCUAUCAAGAAUUGAUCGUGAGUGUAACGCUGGUCUCUGCCGCUGUUGCUGCUUUGAGUUGUGCUUGGCUUACCGACUGGCUUGGAAGAAAACCGAUUAUCAUAGGCGCGAGUGUCAUUUUCACUGCUGGUGCUCUCACCAUGGGUGCCUCCUUCACCAAAGAGUUGCUCUUGAUCGGUCGACUUAUUGUGGGAGUUGGAAUUGGUAAGACGAUGUCAUUUCCAGUUUUAAUUUCUUGUUAUUUAUUUUGUUGGAAAGGCAUGGCUUCGAUGACCGUUCCUGUGUACAUAGCCGAAAUCGCCCCGAGUCACAUGCGCGGUACUCUGGUCACCUUGAAUACUGUAUGUAUAACUGCAGGACAGGUGAUUGCUUCCGUUGUUGAUGGCCUAUUCAUGAGCGACGUACGCAAUGGCUGGAGAUACAUGUUGGCUCUUGGUGGUAUUCCGUCUUUCAUCCAAUUUUUCGGUUUCCUGGCGAUGCCGGAAACUCCUCGAUGGCUGGUUGAACGAGGUCGCAUCGAAGAGGCCCGGGCUGUGCUAAUGCGCAUCGAUGGGGAACAGGAGUCGACCAGUGCUAUUGAAGCUGAUCUACAACGAAUGGUGAGUGCAACGAGAGUGGGUGCUAGGCGAAAUGCCCCAAGCAAUCCAUUUCACUCGCCACCAAGUCCUCAGGGCAAUGGUGAAGUUGCAUAUUCCGAUUGGCAAGCAGUUGACACUUCGAGCAAUGAAGUUCAGACCUCUGAACAGGAUGCAGAUUCGUUGAAGACAACCAACUACUCCUCCUUUCUACACGCUUCUUGUUUCCAACAACUCACAAUUGUGCGUAUUUUACGGAACCCUACGACUAGAAAGGCUCUUUUUGUGGGUUGCGGUCUGCAACUGUUCCAACAGUUUGUUGGCAUCAACACUGUGAUGUACUACAGUGCCAGUAUUAUAUCAAUGGCCGGAAUCGGCGCGGGUGCAGAUGCCAAAAAUCGUGAUUCUACUGCAGUCUGGCUGGCUGCACUGGUCGCUUCUGCCAACUUCGCAUUUUGUUGCAUCAGUCCGUGGUUGAUUUCUCGUCUGCGGCGGCGGACUUUGCUCUUGGGGAGUUUGGUUGGCGUGUUUGCUAGUCUGGUUGUCUUGGGAAUUAGUUUUCAACUAAUCGCGUCGUUUUCUGUCCCAGUGGACCUUGUGGAGCAGAUCCCGCUGGUUGGAGACGUUGGACAGUGCCUUAAGGCUUCUACUUGUGACACCUGCAUGCGUACCACGAUGUGUGGGUUCUGUUACAAUUGGUACGGCAACAAUGUGGUCAACGGUUCCUGUCUUCCGGCACCCGAGCGGUUCGCGGAGUACUCCUCUUACGGUCGGUGUGCAAAUGGAACCGCUUCACAGGAUACCAUCUGGGCCUUUGACCAUUGUCCAACACCCUAUGGAUGGAUGACUGUCCUGGGACUCAUCAUGUACCUGGCUUCGUUUGCCUCAGGUAUGGCACCACUACCGUGGACCAUUAACUCAGAACUUUAUCCUACAUGGGCUCGGAGCACAGGUGUUGCAUGUUCUACGGGAACCAACUGGAUCGCUAAUGUGAUCGUUAGUCUUUCAUUCUUGUCUCUAACUGAGGCCAUCACAAGGCAAGGUGCGUAUUUUCUGUACGCAUGCGUCGCAGUUUUGGCCAUCAUUUUUGUUUGCUAUUGCGUACCGGAGACUGGUAACAUGACUUUGGAAGAAAUUAACGUAGACGUGAACGGUGAACGAGGCCUUUCCUGCUCAUCUGAAUCGUCCCCAUUUUCAGAACCCUACUUUCUCCUUAAAAAAACCAACAGGCAGUUGUCUUUCGAUGGCGAUCCUCUUUACUUGUGGCGAAAUCAGGAGCUUUACAUCUGACUGAUUCAAUGUUUUAUGCUGUAUUUUGUUGACUUCUUUCCGACUUUUCUAUUUUUUUCAUACGCGCGGAGUUGGCGCACCUUUUGUACCUAUGGAAUAAACUUAGUAACGUAUCAGCAAUGUUUGGUCGGAGUAUUGUUGCGAAUAAGUUCUGGGGUGCACUGCGUGAUUAAUUCCUCUGACCACUGUUUCUAAUCCAGGAACAUUCGAACUCUGCAAAGCA